GAGACAGGGAGAAGUAGGAUCUCUGAGAGUGUGACACUGAUCCAUCCUCUGUCUGUGGCUCCCUGCUCCUGCUGCUCUGACAAACAGGGUGCUCCAGCGUGGCGGUGGGCUCCUCCCAGUUACCAAACCUCAGUGGUUGUCGGACCGGUUACAGUGGCAGGCCCAGGGGUGGGGGCAUGGCCGUGGGGGGGCCGCAUCCCGUCCUCCACGCUCCACCGCGACAGAGGCUUCGGCUGGGGGUCCUGGAGCUGGAGCCCACCUAGGGGAACCCUCAGACUAUCAGAGCUCCGCCCUUGGAUGAGUGGAGGGGUUGCGGUGGCAGGGGGAGGUAGCGUGGUCGGAGAUAGAGGGGACAAAGGAGGCAAAGUGAGAUGUUCCCGCAGAGUCUGGCUUCUCCUUGGAACGCUGGCCCUUGUCUUCCUCACCUCACUCUUCUUGUCCGUCUCACUCCGGGGGGGCAUUGGCUUCAACUACCUGGAGCCGCCCGGGUGGGAGGAGUCCAGGCGGGUGAAGCUCGUGCCCAGCUACGUGGGUGCACACCGGCUGUCAUCCCCUGUAACACCCCUGCAGAAAACAUGUGCCUGCCCUCGCUGUGUCGGAGACCCCGGAGUCUCUGACUGGUUUGAUGAGAACUACGACCCGGAUAUCUCUCCAGUCUGGACCAGGGACAACAUCCAGCUGCCCUCGGAUGUCUACUACUGGUGGGUGAUGUUACAGCCUCAGUUUAAACCACACAACAUCCAGCAGGUGCUGCUCAGGCUCUUCCAGGUGAUUCCCGGGCGGUCACCAUACGGCUCCUGGGAUCCAGGGCGAUGCCUACGCUGUGCCGUGGUGGGAAACUCUGGAAACCUCCGUGGAGCCGGAUAUGGGGCGGCCAUCGAUGGACACGACUACAUCAUGAGGAUAAAUCUGGCCCCCACUGUGGGCUACGAGGACGACGCCGGGAGCCACACAACCCACCACUUCAUGUAUCCAGAGAGCGCCAAAAACCUGGCGGCCAACGUCAGCUUUGUCCUGGUUCCCUUCAAAACACUGGACCUGGUUUGGAUCACCAGCGCUCUGUCCACCGGCCAGAUCCGAUUCACUUACGCUCCAGUGAAGCAGUUUCUCCGUGUGGAUAAAGACAAGGUUCAGAUCUUCAACCCAGCGUUCUUCAAAUAUAUCCACGACCACUGGACCAGACAUCACGGGCGAUACCCUUCCACUGGCAUGCUGGUCCUCUUUUUCGCUCUUCACGUCUGUGACGAGGUGAACGUGUUUGGCUUUGGAGCCGACAGUCGAGGAAACUGGCACCACUAUUGGGAGCAGAACCGAUACUCUGGAGAAUUCAGAAAGACCGGCGUCCAUGACGCGGACUACGAAGCUCAGAUCAUUGAGCAGCUGUCCAAGGCUGGAAAAAUUACAGUAUUCCCUGGGAAAUGAUGGGAAAAACAUUUUCCUGUCGUUCUUAGGUUUCUAGAGAGCUGAUCAGAAAUUUGGAUUCAACUUGGAAUAAAAGCUAACUGAAAGAUUUUUACUAAUGGGGCUCUUGAGGUGAACUAGGAUCAAGAAAAUAUUUUUCUCUUUGGGUUUCCAGCCUCCAAUCGGACUGUAAGGUAAAAUGAUUCACCUUCAUUGUCUGCUGCAGGGCUGAACACUGAGGAAAACAGGAAAUUAUGGCUGAACAGCAGGAUAAUUUAGAAAAUUUGUUCAUCUGUUGAGAAUUAUUUAACCCUCGUUUACUAACACAAACAAUGCAACAUCCUUCACACCCAUUCUGCAUAUCAGAGACCACUGGGCCAUGUGGGAAUAUUUUGCUGACAAAGAGCUGUCUUUUAGAAUCAAGAUCUUGUCUUUGAUUUGCCUUAAAUUCUCUUUGAGGUGAAACAUCCCCCGACACUGCCACUGAGUUGGUGUCGUAAGGUCUUUGUGAGGCAAUUAGCAGCGUGUUAAACAGGCCAUAUGUGAUUAAUGUGACUUUAUCAGAUAUGACUCCCCUACAAAGCUCCCCGGUUCUGGUUGGUGUUGGCAGCAGAUCCUCAGGAUUUCAGCCUUUCGACUGCUCUGACUCAGAGAGACAAGAUGAGAUGAAACUGUGGUUCUAGAGACUUUAUUUAAAUGCUGCUGAAGUCUUUAUUCACCUGCAGACAGAGGUGGCUGGAUAGAGGUAUGCUGCAUUCAGAACCGGUCCAUGUUUCAUUUGAGAGCAAUUUUGCUCAAACGUUGCUUCAGUGUUGUUUUAAUGCAGCAGUGAUCUACAAACUGGACUGUGCAGAGCGCUGCAGACCCUAUUAGAGCCCCACAUGACGGGCAGAAGAAAACCCCUCGCCUUCAUUAACCACUCAACCCAGUCCUGGCUCGGCAAAGUAGGAAUUCAGCUCAGUCUGGAGGAGGUAGAGCCAGCCUACGCCUUAGCUUUCACCCCUGAUGCUGACGUUUGCUUUCUGGUUGGUUUUAAUAGAUUUCCGCUGAAACUGGAUUUUCUUCUAAUUUCUGUCAACCACCAUGCCAUAUGUUACACUUUAUGAUGAGGAAAACAAACAAGAAUCAGUAAAAUAAGUGCUGCAGAAUGGUGUUUGAAAUAAAUGUCAGAAUACCACAAACUGGAUCCUUAAGGAGAAAGAGGAAGAAACCACUUUAGAAGCAGGAAAAGGAGAGUUUUUGGUUUUAGAAGUGGCUGAAAUUCCACCAUAAAUAUACAGUGCUUUAAAAAUCCACUUUUUCCAAUACAGGCUUUAGUUCGUUCAAUCACAUACGAUUUAAAUCACCAAAGAAUUGAUACCAAGUAUGACCCAAGUAAAUACAAGAAGCAGUUUUAAAAUGGUUCUUUCAGGUAUUAAUGAAAAAAGACAUCCAAACCAACCUGGUUGUUUCCCCUCUGAACCUAAGAAUUGGUUGUGGCACCUUGGUGGCAACAACGGCCAUCAAGCAGCAACCGGUAAUCAGGCCUGGUUUCUUUCUCAAUGUUGACUUAUGAACUCUGACCUUAACUAAGGCAAUUGAGGCCUGCAGUGCUUAGAUGUUGUUCCGACUUCUUUUGUGACCUCUUGGAGUCAUUUUUGUAGGCUAGUGACUCCUGGGACGGUUCACCACUGCUGCGUUUUCUUUAUUUGUGGAUGUGUCUCACUGUGGGUCACUGGAGACCCGAAGCCUUAGAAUUGGCUUUGCAACCCUUCCUGGACAGAUAAGCCAGUGACUUUGUUUCUCAACUGUUCUUGAAUUUAUUUAGAUUGGGACAUGGCAUGUUGCUUUUGAGGUAUUUAGCCUACUUCAUGUUACCAGAAAGGUUCUAUUUUCAUGAGUAGCUUGCUUCUACAGCUCUGGCAGUUAUAGUAGGGCUUGGAUAGCUUUUAGUCCUUUUAAAACAAAACCAUCAUUUGAAAAAUAGCAUUUUGUAUUGCGUUAUAUUAUUUUCUGGCUUUCUGAAAUAUUUAAGUGUUUGAAAAAAGGAGGGGAAAUCUGCAAGAGGUGGGGGUUACUCUUUCACAACACUGUACAUUUUCAGAUUAAAAAAGUAAAAACCAAUGUCACAAUUUAGAAAUGUGUAGCUUCCACUUCCAAAUGUCCCUUAAAAUUUCCAGUCUCAGCCAGAAACAGUUUCCAGGUCAUGAAAGCAGCCAUGAGCUUUGCAGAAACUCCUUAUGUGUGACUCAAAGUGUUUGUGUUGAAGAAGCUGUGAAGGACCCAUGAAGCUUCACCUGUUUGCGUGACUGCAAGCUGAUGGAUUCAACUUCUUGACAUGUUUUUGUUUUCUGUUCUAGCAUUGUGCAGGUAAUUUAAGGUGGAAUCACAUGCACACAUGGCUCUAGGCCGCCGUGUUGUUGUAUUUUACUGUAACUCCGUGUUCUGCUGGUGUUUUCCCUCCACACCAGGUUUUCUUACACGCUUCGUUGCUGAUUUGGGCUCAUUUUAACCCAACUGAAUCUCAUCAUAUUGUUUGUGCUUACUGUGUCUGUCACAUGCUUUUGUGCCUUGUCCAGCUGCUGGACUCUCUCGCCUGCAGCUGCUUCAUCAGCAACACACACCUGCUACCUUUGUGUUAUAGUUGGUCUCGCACACAUGCACAUUUCUAGCUAAGAGCUGUGCCUUUUGAGCUGAACAUAAAUUCACUACAUGACACACACUCUGCCUUCUACUUUCUGCUUCAUACGAUUGAUGUUGUUUUUACUAAUGGAGACGAUGUGAACGCAUAAUGCAGUGAAUUCAUAUCACAGUCAACUCCUCAUUCGGUCUUUGUUUCUUUGUUAUUCCUUCUAGGCAACCAGACUUUCCUUUAAUCUAUUAAAACAUUUAUUAAAGUUUUGUCGGUACUUCUCCAGGCUUUAAGAGAGAAGUUUCUGGUCCUUUGGUUAGGGUUUCACACAUGUAAGUCGUAUCUUUUUAACGUUCAGGCAGAAAAAGGCUUCUAAACUCAAGGGAUGAACCAGUGUUGUCGACAUGGAACAGAUACGUUGGCAAGGAACCAGUUUUAAAUUGAAUCUCUAAGCUCUUUGUCACCACCAGCCCAUCACAGAGACAAUAACCAUUUCACUUUAUUUUGUUAAAUCUAUCAAAAAUCCCAAAAAUAACAGUUUGACAUAUAGAAGAAAACUUAAACCUUGAUAUACACCUUGACAAACUGUCAGAACUAGACGGAAAAUAGGUGAAGGAAAUCUUUGACUAGAAAGUACGAAAGUUAACAAAACGCUAAUUCAAGUAGUUUUGCUCUUAUUUUAAUAGUUAGUAAAAAAAACUGUUUCAAGUCAUUUUUUAAAUACUUGUUCAUGACCAAAAAGCAAACAAAAGACAAAAUUAAUAAGCCUUCCUAAACGUAUUUCAUCUUUGCUGAGUUUUGCUUCACCCACCUAGGCUUACAUCGAGUAAACUGGAUAGGCUACAUCUAAGAUUUCCUCAUGUUAGUUCAGCUUAUCUUUUGAAAGUUGAGUUUACCUGCUAGCUUAGUUUAGCUUAGUCUACCUAAACUUAACCUACCCAUGCUUAGGUUGACCUGUCUAUGCCUACAUUUUUUUCACGGAAACUAGCCAGUUUUAGUUUAGCCCAACUAUGCUUACAUUGGCCGACCUAAGCUUAGUCAAGUCUACCUAAACUUAGCUUAGUUCUAAGAUCACUGUAUUAUUGAAUUGUCAUGGUCGGCUACAAUGACUGGACUGAAACACAGUAACAGAACAGCCAGAACCCUUAAGAAGAACCUUGAAAGACAUCCAGAAAGUCUGGAAAAUUGUUGAUCAGAACAGUUUUGGAAGAUUAAAAGAAAGCGAUCCAAGGAAGGAAAUCAAAGGCUGAAUCAGGAUUUUUUAACGGGCUGAAUGUGCUUGUCAUUUUAUAUCAUGAAGGAGAUACAGUAGUUUAGGUCUGCAACUGAGACGGUCUUAUUUCUGUGUAUCAGUGGGACAUCAGAUUAAAAUAGAAACAUCAGUAUAAACUGCUCUUUCAGCUUCAUAAUGAAAGUGUUAAUGUUUUAGAAGUUAAACGUGACCGUCAUGCAGACAUUAUGAUCAUAAGAACUCGUUCCCUCUGCGUUUCUGCUGCCUGGAGAGUAAACAGGCUGCUGCUCCUUAUCAGCUGGAGCCCAGAACAUGGUGAUCGGAUGUAGGAGGACAGCAACAGAGUCUUUUCAGUCCAAAUGAGGUUUCUCCCUCCCACCGACAGUACAUGACACAGAUCUGAUUCCUCCAUGCAGACAACCUAAAGUAGGUCUUCCCCCCCCCUGCUGUUGACCCACAUAUUUAUCCUGCAGAAGAGAUUCUUCCAGCUCUGAAGAAUGGUGGAGAUGACCAAAAGUUGAGCCACAUUCUACAGUUAGGGUUGACUUCAUUUAAACUUGAACUGAAGUCCUCGCUGUCCUCACUGUCAGAGAAACCCAGCAUUUCAGUCUAUUCAGUUAUUUUUACUCCGUUUUGUCUGGUACAUUAUGUUACGAAGGGGAUGUCACAGAUCGCCUCCAAGUCUGAAAUUUUCCUUUUUCUUAGUAGAAAAAAAGCCCAUUAAGGUCAUUAAUAUUCAUUUUAAGAGUGAUUAAGCAGAGCUGAGUGUGGAAGGUGAGUGUUGGGAAGCACCUGCUCAGUGAGGGCAAAGAGGAGAUUUUUUAUUGGAUAUUCAAGCCAAACUUAAUUUUUUUUUUUAACAAGUUAAAGGUCAAACUGUUUUCUUUCUUGUCUCUGGACCUAAGACAGGAUCCAUUAUUUUGAAUUGAUUCCCGUUUUCCCCACAGAUGAGCAAGUGUCUGUACAGAAACAACCUGAUCUGUGCCGCAAAUAGACCUGAAGCAGUUCAGAAACACUGAAGAAACAUUUCCCUGAAUCUGUAACGAUCCAGGGAAAAUUACCGGUUCUGUUCCCCACCCUGCCUCUGUAACGCUCUGAACUCAGGUAGAAACCAGGUCAUUUAGUGACUGCUCCUGAGUCAACAGCAGGAAACCUCUGCCAUCACCAUCUCAUCCAACCUUUAACAUCUCCUUCAGCAACAUGUUGGAAACAUCAGCACCCGUGUAUUUACCACUGGAACAUCUGUAGGACAUGUGACUCUGUUUUUUUUCUGCUGUUGUACAAAUAAAAGCUUCAAGAAACUCAA